CUUCGUUCAGUUUCAUGUUAAUAUUUUAAUUGACAUUCUUAGAAUUUACCUCACGCUCCGCAAUGUCGAAAGUAGCGUUCACAUUCAGGGGAAUAAUCGCUCCAGUAUUGACACCAUUUAAUAAUGACAGCUCGAGGAGUCUAAACUUGUCUAUCAUACCACAAUACGCCAAUUUCUUAGCAAAAAAGAAAAUCGAUGGUGUUCUCGUAAAUGGAACGAGUGGAGAAGGUCCAUCCAUGUCUUUAAUUGAAAGAAAAUUAGUCGCCGAGGCUUGGGCAAAUGCUGUAAAAACAACGAAACAACAUUUGAUGAUUCAAGUAGGAGGUGCAUCUCUUCCCGAUGUUCUCGAACUUGCAAAACAUGCUGAAAGCAUCAAAGCAGAUUCUAUUCUCUGUCUACCCGAUUUGUACUUUAAACCAACAACAAUGGAACAAUUAAAAAAUUAUUUAAAACUAGUUAGUGAGGCAGCUCCAAACACGCCAUUUUUAUAUUAUCACUUUCCAAGAAUGACUAAUGUUAAUAUACACAUGGGACAAUUCCUCGAAUCUCUAAAUGACGAAAUUUCAACAUUUGUCGGAAUAAAAUUCACCAGUUCUGAUUUAGAUGAAGGUACUCAAGCAUUUCGUGCUAAUAACAAGAAAUAUGUCGUAUUCCUUGGUAAUGAUCAGUUAAUAAAUCCUGGUUGUGCAGUAGGAAUAGAUUCGUAUAUAACAACAAGCUCAAAUAUGCUUCCUGAAUUUAUGAUCGAUUCUCUUAGAGAAGGACUUGCAGGAAAUGUUAUGAAAGCAAGAGACAUGCAACAACGUUUGACAAAUGUUGUUCUCGCUAUAUCAAAAUAUGGAAAUUGGGUAUCAACUAUGAAAGUGGCAAUGAAUUUGUUAACAGAUAUUAAUCCUGGUCCUCCACGUGCACCUUUAGAAUCUUUAUCUACACAAAUUGUAUCAUCAAUGAUGAAAGAUUUACAUAAAUUAGGAUUUCCCAUAAAAAUGUAAUACAUCAAAAAUGAGAAAAAAAAAAUAGUAUUUAAUGCUAAUUUUUUAAAUAAAAUUAAUGAAAAAUAAUAAA